GUGUUCCUUUCACUCUGGGCUGGAGGAGAGUUCAGGAAUCAAGAAUGAAGCUCCUCUUUGUGGCUGCCUUCGCACUCUUUGUGCUCUCUACCUUUGAUCAUGCUGACUCCUCAGCUUAUGACAAAAUAGUCACCCACAGCCGCAUUAGGGCAAGAAAAGAAGGACCCAAUGUCUGUGCACUUCAGCAAGUUAUGGGGACAACGAAGAAAUACUUUAGUACUUGUCGCAAUUGGUACCGUGGGUCCAUCUGCGGAAAGAAAGCGACUGUGCUGUAUGAAUGCUGUCCAGGAUAUAUCAAGCUUGAAGGCAUGCAAGGCUGUCCUGCAGUUGCUCCAAUUGACCACGUGUAUGGGAGUCUGGCUAUUGUUCAGGCUACUUCAACCCAAAAUUAUGCUGACAUUUCUAAGCUGAGACCUGAGAUUGAGGGUCCAGGAUCCUUCACUUUCUUUGCUCCAAGCAAUGAGGCCUGGGGGUUGUUGGAUGAGUCAGUAAGGAAUGCACUGGUCAGCAACGUCAACAUUGAACUCUUCAAUGCUCUGCACUACCACAUGGUGAACAAACGCCUCCUAACCAAAGAUCUAAAGAACGGAUUGAAAUUGACCUCUAUGUACAAUGACCUUGGUCUCUAUAUUAACCAUUAUUCCAAUGGGGUGGUUACUGUAAACUGUGCUAGGAUUAUCUAUGGGAACCAGGUUGCAACCAAUGGAGUUGUUCAUGUCAUUGAUCGUGUCAUCACUAGCGUUGGAAGCACUAUCCAGGAUUAUAUUGAAGUUGAGGAAGAUUUAACAACGCUAGCUGAUGUAGCUCAGACUGCUGGACUGCUGGAAAAACUGGGUCAGCCAGGAUUCUACACUCUCUUCGCUCCUACCAACGAUGCCUUUGACAAGAUUGGUGGCGAUACCAUGGAAAGACUUCUAAGUGACAAAGAUGUCCUGAGAGCUCUCUUGAAUUUCCACCUCCUGGAUUCAGUCCAGUGCUCUGAGGCCAUCAUGGCAGGAACCUCUUAUGAAACCCUAGAAGGAAACAACAUUGAAAUAGGUUGCGAUGGAGACAGUUUAACAGUUAACGGCAUUAAGAUGGUACUCAAGAAGGACAUUGUCACUACCAACGGUGUCAUCCACCUUAUUGACCAAGUGCUGAUUCCAGACUCAGCCAAGCAGGUAAUGGAACUGUUGGGAGGUUCCCAGUCAACCUUUGGUGACUUGGUCGCUGAGCUGGGCCUUUCCACUGAAAUGAGAGCAGACGCUGAGUAUACUUUGCUGGCUCCUUUCAAUGCUGCCUUUACCGAAGAAAUCAUGUCCAUGGAUCAAAGUGAGCUUAAAAUCAUCCUGGAGAACCACAUCCUAAAGAAUAAGUUUGGUCUUGGACAACUGUAUAAUGGCCAGCAGCUGGAGACUAUUGGAGGAAAGACCCUCAGGGUCUUCAUUUACCGCACGGCUGUGUGCAUUGAGAAUUCUUGCCUGAUAAGAGGCAGCAAAGAAGGCAGCAACGGAGCCAUUCAUCUGAUGAGGACUAUGUUGAUGCCUGCAGAGAAAUCUAUGUUCGAGAUUCUGACUAAAAACGGAAAUUUCAAGAUCUUUUUAUCUCUAAUGGAAGCAGCUGGGUUGACAGACCUGCUCAGACAAGAGGGAGGUUUUACUUUGUUUGCCCCCAGCGAUAAGGCGUUUGCUGCUUUGACAGAAAGAGAGUUGAACAUGUUGAAAGGUGACAUAAAUGCGCUCAAGACAAUACUUCUGUAUCAUUUAAGUAAUGGUAUCGUCAUUGGAGGUGGCUUGGAGGCCGGCGUGACAAAUCUUCUAAAAUCUCUCCAGGGAAGCAAUCUUCAACUAAAAUUUGUGAAUAAUGGUGUGGAAGUGAAUUCCUUGCUUCUCCCAGAAACCGAUCAGAUGGCCACAAAUGGUGUUAUUCAUUUUGUCAACCAAAUCUUAUACCCUGAAGACAUCCCUGUGGGGAAUCAGGAACUCCUUUCACUACUCAAGAAGCUCAUCACUUACAUUCAAAUCAAGUUUGUUUCAGGAUACAGAUAUCAGGAAAUACCUCUUACAUUUAUGAAGAAAAUCAUCACACGUGUUGUCCAACAAUCUCCUGAAGUGAAAAAAGUGACAAGGGUUACUGAAGGGUCCACCACUAAGGUUACCAGAGUCAUUGAACCUUCUGUCCGCAAAUUCACCAGGGUUGUGCCAGGCUUUCAAUAUUCUGCCAGUUCAAGUUCCACAAACACUGGCCUGGAAGGAGUUGACCGUUCAAGAAUUAUUACCUUUGAAGACAACACAAACCUUGACGCCGAGCAACUUGCUGGACUGAUCCAAAGAAGACCUAAUGCAAGAAGAGUUGUAGGUGGCAACAGGAGGAGGGGAAGGAACUGAAAUUGAUCGGAUGAGGAUAUCUUCCUGGUGAAGUUAUACAUGGAGGGUGAAACUGGUGUUUUACAGACGAUACAUUUAGAGUGUUGUUUCCUGAAUAUAUUGUGAUAGCACUUGCUGAACAUAAAGAACUGUUUCGAUAAACUCUAAAAUUUUAAGGUGCUUUAUUUGUACAUAGAUUGAAUUUUUAAAUUCAUUGUAUGUUAGGAGUUAAAAUUAACUGAAAUGAGGAAGGUUAUAGUAGUGAAAGUCAAGGCAGUAUAUAGGGACAAAAAUAUUGUUUCUAAAUUUUUUAAACUUUGACCAAGGUAAAUGAGGCACUUAAUGUGGUGCUUUGAGAAAAAUCUCAUUAUGAAAAUGGUCUAAACUAUUUUCUCUUAAUUCAUCUGCUAUGUAACUUUAGCAUCUCUGUCUUUAAGUGGUUUAAGGUUUCAUGUACAUUUGGUAAGUGGAUUGUAUCAUUUGUAAUGCUAUGGGUAAAUCCAGGUAUGCUCUUUUUUGUUUUCCAAAAAUCCUUCAAUAAAGUUCUUCUGUUGAAAUAA